UUUUUGACAUUUUGUAUAAGUUUUUUUUAAUAAUUUCCAAAUCCUUCUUGAAGUUGAAAUAGAUAUUUCACAUCAUUAAAAUUUUUGUCAAGUUUAAUUAGCCUAAGAUUUCGAUUAAGUUCUUCUUUUUUGGAAAAUAUGAAGUCUUCUGGACGUUAGAUCACCAUCAUCUGUCAGCCCAAUAAAAAGGCGGAGAAACCCCUUUACUGAAAGCGUUCUUCCACUUUAUUCUUCUUGCAGAACAAACAGCCCAUCAGGUAAAAGGAAUGAUGCUGCCAUAAAGAAGAGCGUAGGGAAUCGGGGAAACAAGCGGAACGCCCAGAAUAAUGCGCUGGACAAUUCCUGUUCCAGUGAUAAUCCUAGCAGCUGUGUCACUAACUGAAGAGGAAUGCCAGACUCGGUCCAUAUACUGCUACGAAUGUGACAGUUGGACGGAUAUUCGCUGCAAGGAUCCUUUCAACUACACAGCCCUGCCACGUGAUCAACCACCACUGAUGACAUGCAAUGGCUGUUGUGUGAAAAUGGUCCGAAAUGCAAGAUCACAAUAUGAGAGUGUACGUCGUACUUGUACAUCACAACUACAGAUCAACUUAUUCAUGGUGGAUCACGUCUGCAUGAUGGAAAGUAGCGGCACGGGUCACAUGUGCUUCUGUGAAGAGGAUAUGUGUAACACAGCAAUGUCCUCCCUCAACAACCUUUCUCUGUUAUUUAAACACCAUAAAAUAGUACCAUAA